AUGUAUGUGGCAGACCGCUCACCGAAUACUAAUGCAAAUUACAAACCUAAGAUAGCUAGUAAUACUUUUAACGAAUGGAGUGAUUCCGUUAAACCAAGCUUUUUUGAACCACAAUCUGGAACCUUGAGUUUUGGAUCAACUAAAGAAUCAGUUGAUGCUCCAUCCUACUCUAGCGUGGUAAAAAUAAAAAAGGUUUCAAAACAGAAUUCGAAUAGAUUACCGGGGCGUAUACCUUUAAAGUCCCGUAAUACAAAAUUAUCAGGUGAAACAGAGGUGAAAGAUUAUUUAUCGGAUACAAGUAUUGAUAACGAGUCCAAAAUUGAAGGGAAAGAUGGGGAAGGGACUAGCUUACCAAAGGACAUCACAUUUAUGGAACUUCUAUCAAGAUUAAAAGAAAUUAUAUUUUUGAAACAGGAUUCUUUACAAAGUGUUGUGUGGAAUGGCGAAAUCAAAAAGUUAAUAUCGGUAUAUUGUCCACCAUCACUGAAUACACGACCUCAAGAUUGGGAAGAAAUAUUUUCCAUAGCUUCUAGAAAUACUCUUAUUAUUGGUGAUUUUAACGCGCACCACACCAACUGGUCUCGGAAAAUAGAUUCAAGGGGAACUCAAAUACUUGAUGCGUUAGUUAAUGCUCAGUUCGUUACGGUUAAUGACUGCACACCGACUCGUAUUAAAAUGGUUCAGGGUGUAUUCCACCAAUAUUCCCCUGAUAUAGUUUUUGCAUCAUCAGAUAUAGCACUUAAAGUAAAUUUUCAAGUUUUAAAUGAAAUGUUGGGGAGUGAUCAUUGUGUCAUAAAAAUUUCUACUAAGAUUAAACCUGCCAUGAAUUCUAUAGUUAAACGUAAUUAUAAGAAAGCUGAUUGGGAUUCAUAUAAAAAGCUAUUAGAUCGAAUGUAUGCUAAUCUCUGUUUUCCUGAUGAUCUCCAGCAGGCUUAUAACUUAUUUAUAGAUUAUAUGAAUAUUGCAGCAGAUUUGCAUAUUCCCUGUAUCAAAAUUAGUCAAAACCCAUCCACUAAAUUUACUCCAAGAGCCUAUUGGAAUGAAAAUUUGUCUAAGGUGGUGGCCGAACGCCGUCUGGCUUUAUCGACAUUUCGCCGGAAUCCAACUCCUGUUAAUUUUGACAAUUUAAAAGAAAAAAUACGAAUAGCACAAUCACGUUUUCGUAAGUCUAAGGACUUUAGCUGGUAUGACUUUUGUUCAUCUUUUGUCCAAACGACAUCGAUGUACGAUGUGUAUCGAAAAAUGCGUUGGUGA